AUGGAUUUCACACGCGAGUGGAAAUCUCUCUGGCCCGUAUCCUCCACUUUCUCCGCGCCUGUCCUUAUCCCGAACAAAUCACAUGAAACACCCAUAGGCCCAUUGAUAUUCACCCCUAGGCCUAGUUCCUCCACCAUGAUCCUCCACUCUCCCUACCUUUCCCCGCGCCUUCCCCCGCCUUAUCCGUCCCUCUCCCUUUCCCGUUUUGUCCGAAUUUACAAUUCUGUCCCUCUCACUUCCUCCUCUGUACCCUAUUUACUCGGUGCCGAACUUCCCGACUACUCGUCGGCCUUCCACGGCUUCAACUCUCUCCAGUUGCUUCGGAUUGCGAACAGAAAUCUGAUUGUCGCAUUCUUUCUGGCCGGGGAAAAUUCGAAUACAGUGUGUUUCUUGUUGCUUCAUGUGAGGGACGGGAUCCUGAGCGUUCGUUCACAAACGGAGGACCUUUUCCAUGUGGCAAAAGGGGGUAAUUUGAGUUGUCAUCGGAUAACCCUUUUUCUGGUUAAUCCGGUUGAGGAGUUCUGUUGUGGUGGGACACUUGGAGAUGUGGGUAAUAAACCCAAGACUGUCACGGUUGGCUUUCUGAUGGUCUGCUCCCAUUUUUCUGUUUUUUGGUAUGAAAUUGGGAUGAGUUUGGUAUGUGGACAAAAUGAGUAUCCCGUUCGUCUGGAUUAUCUAGGGUGUGCUGAUGCUAAGAACCUCUUGGGCAAUAUGGUGGUCAGUGCAUGCUGGAACCCCCAUCUGAAGGAAGAAUGCUUGGUUUUGUUGGAGAAUGGUGAUUUGCUGUUGUUUGAUGUUAAUUCUUCGUUAAGGGACGCCCAGGCGAGAUUUUCGCUCGGUGGAAAUAAUAGGGCUAUUAACAAAAGGAUGCACAUCUCAUUGACUGAUAAGCUGGGACUGGAGAACGAGGAAAGUCGUAAGAAAAGCCGGGACUGGUUGAAGUGUGAGUUCAGUUGGCAUCCUAGGAUACUCAUUGCAGCCAACCGCACUGAAGUUUUCUUGGUCGAUUUGAGGUCCCUAGAGGACUGUGGUGUCCGUUUCUUGCUAAAGCUUGACAUGUUGUCUGAAGAUCAGAAUGAUGGAUUUUUCUCUCUGUCGAAGGCGGGCUUGGAUGGGUUCUCCUUUACCGUGGCCACAAAACAUUUGUUACUCCUUUGUGACGUGCGGAGGCCAUUGAUGCCCGGUGUUGAGGUGGGCCCACUGUAUUCAGAAUCCACGAUAUCUGGAGGUAUUCAGACUGUCUGA